AAUUAUCGAAGAAAUUAAAGAGAACAAGGCGAGCUGCUACUGCCAGACCAGAGAGACUGUGGGAUUAUGCUGUUAUACCGUAUGAAAUAGAGCUGAACUUUACUGGUGCGAAUAAAGCCCUGUUUAAACUAGCUAUGAGACAUUGGGAGAACCAUACUUGUGUUAUAUUUGUGGAGAAGAAACCUGAAGAUCAGAACUAUAUUGUUUUCACUGAAAGACCUUGUGGUUGUUGUUCAUUUGUUGGUAAACGAGGUAACGGAGCUCAGGCUAUUUCUAUUGGUAAAAACUGUGAUAAAUUCGGUAUUGUUGUUCAUGAACUUGGUCACGUGAUAGGAUUUUGGCAUGAACAUACGAGAACUGAUAGAGAUGACCAUGUUCAGAUUGUAUACAAGAAUAUCAUGCCAGGUCAAGAAUACAAUUUUAAUAAAUUAACAUCAAAUGAUGUAAAUAGUUUAGGCGAAGAAUACGAUUAUGGUAGUAUUAUGCACUAUGCUCGCAAUACCUUCGCCAGGAACACCUUUUUGGAUACCAUUCUACCCCGUCGUAAACCAGGAGUACUGGUCAGACCAGAUAUUGGACAGAGAAUACAACUUAGUCCCGGUGAUAUCCGUCAAGCUAAAAAACUUUAUAGAUGUCCAACCUGUGGACGAACAUUACAAGAAUCAGCAGGACGAUUCCGUCAUGAUCCUAAAACAGGACUGGGAGAGGUCUGUCAAUGGAGAAUAUCAGCUACUCAUGGUGAAAAAAUUGUACUAAAUAUAACAAGACUAGAACUACCAGUAUCCUAUAACUGUCAAACUGAUUAUAUAGAAGUUAGAGAUGGCUAUUAUAUCAAAUCACCAUUAUUAGGACGAUUCUGUGGAGAUAAAAUACCAGAAACUAUGGUAUCAACAGAUACUAGAAUGUGGAUAGAAUAUAGAACUAAUAAUGGUCUAGGAAAAGGUUUUGUUGCUGAAUAUGAAGCUAUCUGUGGUGGUGAAAUUGUAAAAGACACGGGACACCUGACAUCACCUAACUACCCAGAUGAAUACAGACCUAAUAAAGAAUGUGAAUGGAAAAUAACAGUUCCUGAAAAAUACUCAGUCGCUCUCAAAUUCCAAUCUUUUGAGAUCGAGAACCAUGAUAAUUGUGUCUAUGAUUAUCUCGAAGUAAGAGAUGGACAUGAAGAUUCCUCACCCCUGAUCGGUAAAUUCUGUGGAUACAAAAUUCCAGAAGAUAUUAAAUCUACCGGAAAUAAACUUUAUGUUAAAUUUGUCUCCGAUGGUUCAGUACAAAAAGCUGGUUUUGCUGCUUCCUUCGUUAAAGAAUAUGAUGAAUGUAAGACAGAUCUCCAUGGUUGUGAUCAUAAUUGUGAAAAUACUCUCGGUAGUUUUAAAUGUACGUGCAAUAUUGGCUUUGAACUACAUUCUGAUGGCAAACGAUGUGAAGAUGCGUGUGGUGGUUAUAUUAAAGCCCAAAAUGGAUCUCUACAGAGCCCCUCGUUCCCAGAUCUUUACCCACCCAACAAAAAUUGUGUCUGGCAAAUUGUAGCCUUGCAUCAAUACAGAAUUAUGCUCAAUUUUACACACUUUGAUCUGGAAGGUAGCAAUCAAGACUGUGAGUAUGAUUCAGUCAGAGUUAGUAGUGGAACUGGUAAAGAUUCUACUCUACAUGGUGUAUUCUGUGGUUCCACUCUACCUACACCAGUAACCUCAGAAGGCAACGUUCUUAGAAUAGAGUUCAACUCAGACAACUCUGUCCAGAAAACUGGUUUUAAAUCCAUGUUCAUGACUGAUAAAGAUGAAUGUGCAGAAGAAAAUGGUGGUUGUCAACAUAUCUGUAAGAAUAAUAUCGGUAGUUUUGAAUGUGCCUGUGAUAAUGGCUAUACACUGCAUGAAAAUAAACUCGACUGCAAGGAAGGUGGAUGCCAACAUGAGAUUACUGUGCCAUCAGGAGAGAUCAGUAGUCCCAACUGGCCGCAAUUUUACCCCAGUCGUAAAGACUGCGUGUGGCACUUCACCACCAAACCUGGCCACAGAGUUAAGCUCGAGUUUGAGGACUUUGAACUGGAACCCCAUCAGGAAUGUACGUACGAUCAUAUCAUUGUCUUUGACGGUGAUGACAAUAGUGCCAGAUCUUUGGGAAGAUUCUGUGGUGGAGAUAAACCUGAACCAAUUAUCUCUAGUGGUAAUAGAAUGUAUAUGGUCUUCUAUUCUGAUGCUUCUGUACAGAGGAAGGGAUUCCAUGCCAAGCACGAUUCAGUUUGUGGAAGUCACCUGGUUGCCACAGAAAAUCUACAAGACGUCUACUCUCAUUCUAAAUAUGGUGAUCAGAACUAUGAUAAUAGAGCUAAAUGUGAAUGGACACUUCAAGCUAAAGAAGGAUUCAGGAUACAUCUCAAAUUUACAGCUUUUGAGAUAGAAGACGAAACAGAUUGCUCGUAUGAUCUGGUAGAAAUAAGAGAUGGUAUAAAAGAUGACAGUACAGUAUUAGGUCGUUACUGUGGUAGUGCGGCUCCUAAAGAAAUCAUCUCCUCAACAGAAUAUUUGAUGAUUCGUUUCAAAUCAGACGAUACGAUUAACUGGAAGGGAUUCCAUGCUGUCUAUAGUCUUGCUCAUCCAGCCCAAAUUGACUACGAUUUAAAGGAGCUGGACACCGAGUUCAAUUAG